AUGUCCUGCCAGCAGAGCCAGCAGCAGUGCCAGCCCCCUCCCAAGUGUACCCCCAAGUGCCCUCCCAACUCUGGGGGCUGCUGUGGUUCCAGUUCUGGGGGCUGCUGUGGUUCCAGCUCUGGGGGCUGCUGCAGCUCUGGAGGUGGUGGCUGCUGCCUGAGCCACCAUAGGCCCCGCAGAUCUCUCCGUCACAGACACCAGAGCUCUGGAUGCUGUAGCAGUGGUGGCAGCAGUGGCUGCUGUGGCAGCAGUGGUGGCAGCAGCUGUGGCAGUAGCCAUCUGGGUUCCGGGGGCUGCUGUGGUUCCAGUUCCGGGGGCUGCUGUGGUUCAAGUUCCGGGGGCUGCUGUGGUUCAAGUUCCGGGGGCUGUUGCAGCUCUGGAGGUGGUGGCUGCUGCCUGAGCCACCACAGGCCCCGCAGAUCUCUCCGUCGCAGACACCAGAGCUCUGGAUGCUGUAGCAGUGGUGGCAGCAGUGGCUGCUGUGGCAGCAGUGGUGGCAGCAGCUGUGGCAGUAGCCAACAGUCUGGUGGCUGUUGCUAA